AUGAUGGAGUCGCCUCCAGCAUCCUCAGACCACGGCGAUGAUGCCUUCGACCCCUCCAGGCCCUUCUCAGGCGUCGUCGUCUGCUGCACCAGCAUCCCCACCGACCAGCGUUCAACAAUAGCAAAGAAAACAGACGAGCUGGGCGGCAUCCACAAGUACGACCUGACACCCGACGUCACCCACCUCGUCGUUGGCGAGUACGACACCCCCAAAUACAGACAUGUCGCCAAAGAACGGCCGGACAUCAAGGCCAUGGCCGUCGGCUGGGUCGAUGCCGUGCGGGAUCUCUGGGUCCGGGACGAGCAGAUUGACUUCCAGGCCUUGGAGAAGGAGUGGUGCCUGAAAGCAUUCGAGACCGGUGGCGGUGCAAUAAGCAAUACUGGAGACUCUGGUCCCAAAACUACGCUGAACUGCUGCUUGACGGGUUUUGAAGAUCAAAACGAGCGCCAACGAAUAAUCGAGACGAUCAAGUCCAACGGCGGCGACUACACGGGCGACCUUAGCAGGCACGUCACGCACCUAAUUGUCUUUAAGCCCGAAGGAAAGAAGUACCUGGCUGCUAGAAACUGGGGCCUUCACGUCGUGGCGCUGAAAUGGGUGUACGACUGUGUCCAACGCGGCAUGAUUCUCGACGAGAAACUCUACGACCCUCUGCUUUCCGAGGAGGAACUCGGUCAAGGAGCAUGGAACAAACGGGCGAGCGCGAACCGUCGAAUAUCCCUCGGCAAGCGGCAACGAGAGGCGGCGACAAAGCUGGAGCAAGGGCGACGUAAGCUGAGAAAGACGGCGAGUAUGAAGCUGAACAGCCAGAGGGAGAACAUGUGGGGGGAGAUCUUGGGCCAGCCCUCUAUCGACCAGUCCGCCUCCCACCUUGCUGAGGAGCCCACCCAGCCACUUCCGAGCGAUUCACUAUUACGGUCGAACGCGUCUAUAUCACGGGUCAGCGAGUCGCUUGACAUUGGUCAGUCUCACGCAUCCUACGGUGGUCCAGAGAACAAAGGCGACACAAUCUUUGCUUCGUGCUGCCUUUACGCUUUUGGAUUCCCUCCACGGCAAACCGAUGUCCUUGUCAACACGGUAUCAUCCCUGGGAGGCCUUGUGGUUGGGACUGUGGCGGAGGUUGCAGCUUCGGAGGGAAUGAUCCGACGCUUUGUAAUAGUGCCUCAAAGCGCCGAUCAGAAGUCGCUUCCUCUACUAUCAGAUGGCGUGGAUCUCAUUACGGAAUGCUUUAUCGAGAGAUGUCUACACAGGAGGGCGCUGUUGGAUCCAAAAGACCAUGUCAUCGGCAGACCAUUCCCUGUCUUUCCCAUUGAGGGCUUUGAGAAGCUCUCGAUAUGUACCGCCGGGUUCACCGAUGUCGACCUGCUGCAGGUGGAUAAAUCGAUCCGCCAGCUUGGAGCGCGCUUUGAGGAACGUUUCAAUGCCGAAUGCUCCUUGCUACUAUGCGCCUCUCUAGCAGGCGUCCGGAAACAGAAGCUCGACCUUGCCCUACUUUGGAACGUCCCUGUUAUUAAGGCGGAAUGGCUUUGGGCGUGCAUAUCACAGGGCAAAAGACUGUCGACCAAGCCAUUCGUGUUUUCUGAGCUUAAAGCAAGGACUACGACAGAGAAGAGUGCAGCAUCGAAACCAUUGAACAGAUCGAAGUCGACAUCCGACAUGUCCAAGAAAUUGACUCCAAAGUCCCUGCCAGAGCGCACCGAGAAGCCAGGUAGAGCCAGCCUCCCGGGCCCAGACAUGGCGGCCUUUGACCCCACGCCCCUGGUGUCUACAGAGCCUCCUUCAUCUCACGGCAAGACGUCAACCAGACGUGAUUCCAACGCCGUCACUGAGUUUGAGACCGCUCCGACACAUCAGUCGAGGGACAAGCCACUGUCCCAACGGCCCAGCUCGAGAAAUGGUCCCCGUCCACUUGGUGAGAAGUCAGCGAGUGAGCUGAACAAGACUUCGGCAAAAGAUCCGCACCCUGAUGAACCACGCAAGACCCUUGCGCGCGUGCGAAGUGAAGUCUGCGACUCGGAAGCAGGCGACGACGAGGGCCUCGACACACCUAUCGACGACAACCCGGCCUUCCAAACAGCCGCGGAGCCAGUGCCAGAGGCUGACGCGGCGGAGCUCGAACAGCGCAGGCUCGAGCGCGAGAGGGCAGAAAAGGCAGAAGCGGAGCGCCUGGCCCUCUCGUCAAAACUGACCUCCCUCCUCGGCGGCGGACCCGCCAACCCCACAGCAGACAGCAACAGCAGCGCCGCCGGCCUCGCCGCCAUGGGGAGGGACGACGCGCGGCCCGCCUCCCGGCGCAAGAAGCGCGACGUCAUCGGCCGCGCCGUGAGCAACGUCUCGAUGGCGUCGACCGGCAGCGCGGACUCGUCCGCGGGGCUGGGGAGGUCCGCCGCGAUGAUCCACGAGGAGGAGGGCGGUGGUGGCUUGUCGCAGAACGGUGGCGGCGAAGGCGGCGUGCCAACCGCCACACAGAUCGAGUACGACGACCCCGAGGCCAAGAUCAGCAAGGAGCGGCUCAUGAGCAAGAUGCUCGGGCGCGGCGCGGGCGGGGCCGGCGUGUCGGCAGCGGGUGCUGGUGCGGACCGCGGCGCCGGCAAGAUCAAGCCUGCGCCUGCGCCGCCGGGGCGGGUUGCUGGGGGCAGGAGCAUGCGGCCCAGGUGA